GAGGUUGCUGCUCCUCUUCAUUUAUUAGAAGCCCCUCCACCACCACCUUGGGUUCCCCAAUACCAAACCAGUAGAGAGGGAGGGAAAGGGAGAGACAUGGAGAAGUCUCUUGCAUGGGCUUCCUGCGGCGAGGAGGAGAAGGCCUGUGUGGGUUGGAUCAAGAGGUACUUCAACGACUGUGUGUGGAGUCCAAGUGGUGAGCUAUCUUUCGGCCUCGGCAUGAUCAGCCUCUUGUGCUGGGGGAUAGCAGAGAUCCCACAGAUCAUCACCAACUUUCACAGCAAGUCUGGCCAUGGCGUCUCCUUUGCUUUCCUCCUCACCUGGGUCAUCGGUGACAUCUUCAACCUGGUGGGUUGCCUUCUCGAACCAGUAACGUUGCCUACCCAGCUCUAUACAGCGCUGUUAUACACGGCCACCACAGUUGUUUUAGUGCUGCAGACUCUGUACUAUGAUUACUGGGUAAGAUGGUGGAAGAAGAGAGGUUUACAGGCUCCACUAGAGGUUGAGGAAGGCAGCUGCAAACGUUUGAAUCCAAAGAAUGAGGAUCUCAGCCGACCCUUACCGACUCUCACUGCCUCGCGGAGAACAUCGUCUCGUGUAGAUGUAUACUAUACGUCAGCAAGGUCUUUGGCGAGCAGUGGGACUCCACCGUGUCGGUCGUCCUACCUUGGAAUUGGGCCAGCUCGCAGUGGUCCGUCGGCCUCCGGGUACAUGGAGUCGUCGGGUUCUGAUGAGGAGGGCUCGCCGAGGCACCAAUCACGGAGCAGCGGCGUGAGCAAUCCCAAGAAAGUUGUCGCUCGCUCGGUUAGCUAUGGAACUUUUGCAGCUGGCGCAGCCAGUCUACCAUUUCAAACCAAAGCUUUAAUGGAAGUACAGACAGGAUUAGCAGUAGGAAGAACCGUGCAGGUCUAUGGGGAAGGAGGCAUAAGAUCAUUGGAAGGGAACACUUAUGGGCUGCUGUUAGGAUGGAUUAUGGCGGCCAUUUACACGGGAGGCCGCCUGCCCCAAAUAUAUUUGAAUAUUAAGCGUGGGAGUGUGGAGGGAUUAAAUCCUCUGAUGUUCUUGUUUGCACUCAUUGCCAAUGCUACUUAUGUCGGAAGCAUACUCUCGAGGAGUGUCGAGUGGGAAAGAAUCAAGGCUAAUGCACCUUGGUUGCUGGAUGCAAUCGUUUGUGUGCUCCUUGAUCUCUUUAUCAUCAUACAGUUUGUCUACUACAAGCUCGUGCACAAAAGGAUGGCAAACAAUGAAGAUGACUACCAAGGCUUUACAGAAACCAAAAAGAACCUUUUCUGAAAGCUGUGGGGUGUGUGGUACGAAUUCCAGGUUAUAAUUCACAUACCAAGAUACUGAGCAUCAUCCUGCUAUGGUAUAUUUAUGCUUCUCUUCAUGUACGUCGACGACUAUUACCAAUAUACAAGGCACUUCACCAUUUAGUCGAUGAUAUUUCCAA